AUGGCAGAGAACCUUCAAAACAUCCAACCUGGGACGGACAUAUCCCCUCUAUGGGGAGCUUUCCCCGCGGAACAGUAUCUCAUUCGUCAUUGGGAUUUCUCAUCAACGCUAUCCGCAGCUGACCAACGACGUGAUCUGGUCCGAGCCUAUCUCCAGCUUGAUUCAAUCCCCAAAGAUUGGGACGCAACGGGUCGGGUCUACCUAACUACUACAAUCGCGCGUAUUCCCACAGAACAUGAGAUUCGCGAGAUUCUUGUACCUUGGAGAUCUCUUCGCUGGCGCGAGGUAGCCCUACACCUAUGGAGGGACCGUAAUGAUGAAGAGAUCUGGCUACGCACGUAUUAUAGUCAAGGCUCGGAUGAAAAGUUUCACGAAUUCCGAGAAACUGAUGAGGAUUAUGACCCCGCAUUUGAGGAGGAUUGUCGUACGUGGACAAUUCUUGAUGAUCAGGCUUUGUUCGAGGGCGAUUGGUCUACUGCAUUUGAUGUACUACCUGAGCUGGCAGGCCCAACACCAAACUAUGAUCCAUAUGUCCACCGCCAUCUAGGAAAUCCCGAGGAGCUCGAAACAUUGCGCCAAAAGUUGCGUGAGUCAGUGGCCUCGGCUCUUCGACUUGAAGGAGAGGGCAACACAGCCGAGCAGCUGAAGAUUGACGAUAUUGAAGCUGGUGCCGCAGGUAUGGCGCUACAAGCAAAUGUUGUCACAAGUUUCCUCUUUGUUGUUGAUGCUAAGGCUUUUGAGACGGAGAAGCUUGCGGCUGUUGUAUCUUGA